AUGAUCAGAGCCAACUCGCAGUGCAAAUUUCAUACAAUUGCACUUUGGUUUCUUCUUGUCGAGCAUGCGUAUCUGACCAUGCGUUGUGAACCUCCAUGGACGCAAUCAAAUUGCACAUCAGUCUGGAUGAAGCAUGACGGUCAACCUCAAGACUUGAUGUCAGCUACCGAAAUUACAACCAACUGCGUACUGAAGUCUGUGAAAGAAACUCAGCGUACGUAUGGAUCUCCGGGUUUUGGUUGUGUGAAUAACGGUUCGUGUUGGGAAUACGGUUGGGACUUGCUCAGUUACACUGGAUCGUGGACGUCGGACGGUGAGACUAUGGUCUACGCGUGUUGUGGUGAGUGA